GCGGGCUCCACCUUGAGUCCGGCUGCCGUGCCGGGAGCCGGAGCCGCGCUGAGGCGCAGCGCCGCGAGGCCCUGCGUAUCCUUCCCUUCCCUCCCUCCCUCCCUCCGCGCCGGGCUGCGGUGUCCCGCCCCCGAGGAGGAGACGCAGGGUGAGCGCGGAGCCGCGCGGCGCCCCCGCGGCCACCGGGCGGUGGCUCCUUCCCUCCGCCUCGCGGCCUCGCUGCGUGCGCGGCCGCCCCCUAGCGGCGGGUGGGGCGGCUCCGGGUGGAGGCGGUUGCGGCGGUUAGCUCUCGCGGCGCGCGCGCGACGUUUGCAGGCGGGGGCGAAAGGCGGCCGCCCUCAGCCGUGAGGGGCUUCGGUCGGGAGGGACAGAAGUGCCGCCUCGGGUCGGAGGAGGUUGGCGGGAGCCCGGCUCUCCCUCCCUCCCCCAAAAAAGGAGGGGAGAAAAAAAAGAUGGGCAAGGUUUGCGCCAUUUUUGGAGGAUCCCGAGGAAUAGGAAAAGCUGUUGCAGAAUUACUGGCACAGAAAGGCUGCCGCCUGGCGAUUAUUGCUAGAAAUCUGGAAGUAGCCCAAACCACUGCACGUAAUCUUGGUGCAGGACAUCUGGCACUUAGCUGUGAUGUAUCCAGUGAACAAGAAGUCCAGAAUACUUUUGAGGAGAUGCGGAGGAAUUUAGGUCCUAUUAACUACUUGGUUAAUGCAGCUGGGAUCAACAGGGAUGGUUUGUUACUGAGAACCAAGACUGAAGAUAUGAUAGCCCAGAUUCACACUAACCUUUUGGGAACAAUGUUGACAUGCAAAGCUGCUGUAAAAAGUAUGAUUCAACAACAAGGAGGUGCUAUUGUCAAUAUAGGAAGUAUUGUAGGACUUAAAGGGAACUCUGGUCAAAGUGUAUACAGCGCUACCAAAGCAGGAUUAGUUGGAUUUUCACGCUCUCUUGCUAAAGAAGUAGCAAAAAAGCAAAUUCGAGUCAAUGUGGUUGCUCCAGGCUUUAUUCACACAGAGAUGACUGCUCAUUUGGAAGAAGAUCAGUUGAAGAAAGCAAUUCUCCUUGGAAGAUUUGGAGAGCCUCGUGAAGUUGCACAAGCUGUUAUCUUUCUUCUAGAGUCCCCGUAUGUUACAGGGAGUACUCUAGUUGUAGAUGGAGGCUUGCAGCUUCUGACUUAAAUACUACCUUGAAUAAGUAUCUACUUUAAUGUCAUGAUAGUAAUAUAUAAAUAUAUUAAGGGGAAAGGGGUGAAAAUUAGCUGAAGAUUGAUGUAUGCAAUUGACUUAUUAUUUAGUCAGAGGAGGAGUUCGGCAGUGGUAAAGUCCAGCGUGUAUGUUCAGCUACCUGAAAGAGUCCAUUUGGUAUUACGAGGUCUGAGUAUGUAACAAUUUGAAAAAGAUCUGAUUUUGGUAUGGCGAUAGUUCUAAAUAACAUGCUGAUACAUUUUUAAAACACAGUAUUUUUAUAAAGUCAUGUUUUCCAAUUUGGGAUAGAGUAGAGAUUUUAUUCGAAUUAUCAUGUUAUACAAAGAUCAGUAAAGUGCAGAGGCAUGUUUAUUGGUUGGCAGGUAUGAUUGUGUUAAGUUUUUCAUGUAGGGUGAAGAUUACAAACUGCAUAAUUUUUAUUCUUAUCAGUCCCUACAAAGUAGCAAGGAGUUUCCUUUGGUUUUUUGUUUGUUUGUAGCUAACACUACAAAGCUAGGAGUUUCUUGAUCUUCAGCAUACCUGAAUUGCCUUUAGGAGAUUUAAUUAUAUGCAAUGUGUGUUUUAUAAAGACAAAACCUGCUCAGUUCCAUUCUUGAAUGUAUGUACAGCACUCAUUUAAUCCACUAGCACUUGCGUGUAUACAUUGAAGGACUCUUUAUUGGUCAUUGGAGUUGCAAAUUCUAUAAUAUUCUGAGUUUGAGUUGUACAUACACUGGGGAACAGUACAGUUGCACACCUUGCCGCAUAAAAGACUUUUCACUGGCUCAGUAGAUGUUUUGAAAACACAUAUCACUUCCAAAGCGUGAAGUCAAAGUAUUUUGCUCUGUAUCUUCUUGAAUGCUCAGUUCAGCUGCUGUGUUGAUGCUCUUUAAUAUGUAUGUAUAGUCAAUAAAAUAGCCAUCUAUUUUAUUCAAAGCAGCUUUUGAAGCAGAGUAAUUAUUCAGCUGUAGAUGAUCCUGAGUGUUCCUCUCUUGCUGAAAAAUUACCAAAAAUUUGACCUGAGGCUUUUCUAUUGAGAUCAAGUAAUUUUUGGUAAUUGAUGUUUUUAUCGUCUCUGAAGAAAACUCUGAAUGUGGUUUAGGACCUUCACUUCUUAGUUCCAGUGUUCAUUGCAUCAUGAUCCAGAUGUUGAUUCAGCUUUUGAAAUUACUUCCCAUCUUGGCACAAACCAAAGUACAGAAAGAAGAGAUCUCACUGAUGAUAACUUUUGAGUCUAAAGCCCAAGAUUUUCUUCGUUUGUGCAACUGAGAAAUUUUGUCUUUGUGCCAGAAAACAGUGCAUGUUCAAGCUUCUCGCAGGUAUGUAUUGCAAAAUAAUACAAGGAAUGGUUGUAUAUUCAGGGACUUUUACAGUUGGUUGUGUUAUUCACUUUGGAAUAUAAAAUACCACUAAAGGUAGUCCUUUCAGGAGUCCUUAUCUUUACUGCUAUCUCUUUGUAGAGAGGUGGUGGUGUUUUACUGUGAUGAGUUACAUGUCAUAUGUGCCUUUGCACCAAAAAUAUGAUUGCUAAUUAUGUUUCUCUUUGAUAGAAGGAAUUGGCCAAAGAAUAGAUGAAUUUUUUCCGAGGCCACCGAAGGUGAGGAAGGACAGCUGGUACUCUCAUUUUUACUAGUCAAGUAGUAAUAUGCCAGUAACUUGGCUGCUGCCCAUACCUGUCCCCAGUAUUUUACAGGCAAAGUCUGUGUGACAUAUCUUGACCAGAAACCAAGCUUAAGAGGCUAAAAAUAAUUUCCUCGUCGUGAAUCCUGACCCUAAUUAUUAUCCCUUGUUUUGUUGGGUAAGGGAACUGUUAAUUAAAGUAGUAAUUUAUAUUUGUGAUUUCAACCUGGAAUAACAGCCUCAGAAGAAUCUCAGCUUGCUACUAAGUAAUUUUUUUAAAAUGGUGCAAUACAUACUAUGUUUUUAUUACUGCUGUUGCCAUAGGACCAGACUGAAGUGUUGGUAGCCUUGAAAUCAUAUUUUUAAAAGACUUUUUUUCCCUUGUCUUCAAAUUGGUAAAUUAGAACUGGAAACUAGUUAACAACAGUAAUCUAUUUCAGUAUUUACUGUGUACAUCUACUCUAAGAAGUAGUAGUUGUUUGUCAGGCUAGAGUUCUGUCUGGCGUGGUGUGAUGUCUUAGACAUUGGAAGUAGUGAAUGUGCAGGGUAGGUAACAGAUAAGUGCGUGGUGAUGUCUGCUUAGCAGACUCUUGUACCUCCAGUAGUUUGUGAUUGGUAUGUUUGAAUCUGCCAUUUGAUAGCUCUGGUUGAGGCCUGCGGGUUUUUACAUUUGAUGAGAUAUAACACCCUCUUGUGCUCUGUCUGUGUCACUCUUGGAUUUGUAGACCUCUAUCAUAUCCUGCCUGCCUCAGUUGUUUCUGUUUCAAACUGAAGAGUCGUAUUUCUUUUAGUUGCUUGUUGCUAGAAAGCUCUUUUGUACCUUAUGUCAUCUUUGUUGUCCUUUGCUUUACUUUUCCAGUUUCUCGAGUGAGGAGCAGGUAGAACCACUCACAGUAUUCACUGUGGAUUUAUAUUUUCCCCAGUGUGAAAUCUUCUCAUUUAUCUACAGUGAAUUUAGUCUGCUGGUUUUAACUCCUAUUUCCUCAGUGAAAUGGUUCUGCAAUAUUUUGUUUAAUUCCUUUAUCCCUUUAUUAUUUUGAGUAACGUAGUGUUACUGGAAUAUACUGUGGGCUUCAGAGAUUGCUGUCUUGGAACCCUUACGAAUAGGUUGUACUUUGCUAGCCCCAACAUAGGUGCCUGUGGUGUUCUGUUGGCGAUCCAUGUCCUUAGGAAAGAACGACUGCUGAUUUCUCUUUUACCUUUAAACUGUUUACUGAUAUGACAACUUGGCAGCACAGCAUCUUUAAUGGUUUCUGGCAAGGGGAUGUGUCAGAUGCCUUUUUGAAUUUCUAGCAUGCUGUAUUACAUGUCCUUACUCUCAUCUCUUUUAGUCUUUAGAAGAACUCCAAAAUGUUUAUCAAGCAUGACUUUCCUUUGCAAAAGCAACUCUGACUUUUCUCAGCAUGUUUAUCCAGUUGUUUUCAUGGCUUUAGAACAAUUUCUGGCAGUUUGCUAUGUACAGAAAAAUAUAAUUAGUCUGUAGUUCCCUGGAUCCCUCUGGAAGCUCUUCUGAAAAAAGAAGUGAUCCUUCUACCCACUAAACUCCCAAAAGCUUGAUGUCACUUUUGCCAGCUUCCAGUUGAUAUGAGGCAGUUUUAACUCAGAAGUUUCAUGCUGCAGUUACUUGAUUUCCUUUAGAAUUAGGGAGCGAUAGCCCCCAGCCCUGGCCAUUUGUCACUCUUUCCUCUGUAACCUCUUCUGAUGUUUUGCUCUGAGGGGUAAAACCUUCAAUGAGUUGCCUGUAGAGGUUCUGCUCAAGGUCCUUCACGGUACCAAGAACUGAUUUAGGGUUUUGUUCAGAGUUUGGGGAUUUUUUUUCUCUGUGGCCUUCUCUUUCACAAAUACUUUUCUUUUUAUUUUGAUCAUCUGCUUGCCUUAUUCAGGCGCGGUUCCUGUUCCUAAGGUGGUGUUCAGUGUGUAUGCACUUUUGCAAAUUGUUCCUCUACACUCUGAUCUGUCUAAAUUUUACAUUGUGACAGAUUCCAUUUGACUGCUAAAGCUAGACUACUGGUUUUACAAAGGUUGACUUUUAAAUGCUAGUAGCUUUUAAUCCAUGCCGGCUUCCCUCUCCCCACAAAAAAAAAAAGUUUAAUGUGUGUAUUUCAAGUCAUCAUACUGAAGUUCAGUGCAUACAGUCUUGUCAUCAAGCAUUGCAUCUGAAUUUCUUUUACUUUUUGAUUUCAUUUUAGUGUAUUUUCUUAUUUAAUGUUGCUUCUUUUUUAUGGAAGUCUGCAGUAGUGGACUGUUGUCUUUAUUAAUAAACUUGGUUAGUAUUAUUGCAGAAAUAAAAGUUACCAACAUAAAGCCAGUCUUUGAAAAUACCAUUUUGACUGAAGUCUUGUACACUCCUGGGGACUGCAGCCAGAGUUGGUUAGCCUUGAUUGGCUGCAUGAAAAAAAUACAUUAAAAAAAAGUGAUCUUGGCCUCUUCAGUGUGACAUCUAUCCAACUUGCUGAUAAUUGCCGUCUUUCGUUACAGUUACAUUGCUGGCCUUAUAGUCCUUGGAUGUCAUAGCUACUGCCAUCAUCUUAAUUGUAAUACUGUCUUAACAAGAGAGGUUACCUUAUUAGACCUGGAAAUUCAAUCCAUAUUUGAUUUAAUGAGUUAAUAUAUUUUUAUGACUAUCCUAUAUAUUUUGUAUCAAUAUCUUGCUUAUUUGUCUUGCUGCCAUUGUAGUUCUGGUAUGCCUGUUGUGUCACUGUCCUUGAUUAAAAACAGACAUUUGGGGUUUACAUCUCGCGCUGCUAGUAUUUAUGCUCAGCUAUUUAGAAAUGUUUUGGGUUUUUUCGCUUGUGGGUGUUCUUGAGUAGGACUGUGUGCUUGACUGACGAUUUCUCAAUUGAAUUUUGAAAACUUCAGUCACUCUCUUAUUAGACAUACAAAGUUUCUGUGAUUUCAUUCCUAGUGGAAGCAAGAGCAUGUGCUCUUCUUAAUCUGAUGUUUUUUUCACCUGCUGUAUUGCUUAAAACUCUCCUAUAAUUUUUUUGUUAAUUACCAGCAUCUUCCUACUUUUUUUUUUUGUUUAGCAUGAACUGUUUUACAAAUUCCCACUACUCCAUGUUUCUGCAGUUCCUGAAGAAUCUGUACUCCUCUUCCUAUAACUGUUUUUUCAGACAUGCAUUGAAACUUUUCCUCAUCAUCUAGCUUUGGGAGCAUUUUAAAGAAGGCUGCUAUCCAGAUCUGGUCUUUAUGUUUUAUUCCAGAUCUUUUCUCCUGCCCCACCCCAUGUCACCGGUACCUACAUGGCCUUUCACCACCUCCCCAGAAUUUCUAGGGACACCAUCAAGGCAUGUUUUGAGGGUGGCUGCUUUUGCAGCUGUCAUUUAAUUCAGUAUGCAGUACUCUUGUACAGCAAUCCUCUUUCUGACUCACCUGUAAUUAUUGCUUUAGGUUUUUUAACUCAGCUGGCUUCCUGCUUCAGAGAGGAUACCCUCACUAAAAGAAGAUUUUGUAUUGCAGUAUUUACUCAUUUAUGUGCCCUACCUUGUCACUGCCAAGUUAGGAAGCCUAAAGCUGUUCUUCUGUUGACUUUGCAUUUGAUUCAGUUUAAACUUCACAGGUACCAUGAUUUGCAUGUUCUGGGCUUUAGUUGGAGCAUAUUGUGGCCUAGAAAGCUAAUUAUUUUAUAUCUCUUCUCUGCAUUUUUCUAGUGUUUGGGAAGAUGAUGAACUACUCUUGUUCUUCUUUUCUCCUAGAUAGGUCAUUGAAGCCUUACUUCUGCUUAUCUCCAGAAAUGUGUUUGUAACUUAGAACUUGCAUAUUGAACUCACUAUGUUAGUCUUUUCCUGCUUCUGAGGCAUAUAUUGCAAGUGAUUAUCAUCAGUAGAAGUUUCUAGCAGGACAUGUAAAAUGUUGGUGAGCUGGUUUUGGGGUGGUUUGGGUUUUUUUAAUAUUGCAGCUUAAAUAGGAGCUGUCACGACGAACAGCUUUUGCAGACCUUCUUUAACAGUAACAGAAGUGUAUGAAGUGUGCUGAGUUAGUGUGUGCUGAGCAAGUUAGUGUUAUAUCCCAUGAAGAGAUUUCAUUCUGGCCUCCUGAGGGCAGUCUAUCCUAAGGCAUUAUUAUAUCGGUAAUGAUUUGGUUAGUGUGUCUACAUAAUUUUUGGGAAGUGGAGUUGCCUGUGUAGAUACAAAGUUGAUAGCUGGGAUUGCUGUUACCAGUUUUGUAAAAUUCAAAUCUCUAUGUCCUGAGCUAUUUGGGGAUGUAAGGCAUAAUUUUUAAAGAUGGAAAGGUUUUCAAUAUUAAGUUCAGUGAAAAUUGGAAAGCGGAUAUCGAAAUCCCAGCCUUCAAAAUCUCUUUGUUACAUUAUUAGGUACAGUUAAAACAUACAUUGUAAUGAUUAUCUAUUGCUGUUAGACAAAUUUUCCUCCUUUGAUGUGUUGUGUAGGGUGAGAGGUUGUAUUGCAUGAAACUGAAAUGUAUAUUGCCUGUUGCAAUUGUGAUGCCCUUUUUUUUUUUCCUUAAGGCAUAGUGUAGCUGGCUUAAGUAAAGCUAAUAAAAAAUGAACUUUUCAA